AUGGAGGUCGACUUGCCCCCGAUAGACCCGGCCCUUGAGCCCGCCUCCGCAGCUCCUCCUGCCACAGGCUCACAAGUCCCCUCGUCCUCCGCAGCCAUCCCGCCGUCCUCAGAGUACGACCCGGACCCCAUCAUCGCCUCCUACGAUGUCUACACCAACCCGUCCCUGCCCGCAGACCGGCAGCUGCUCAUCAUGCAGCACCCCAACCAGCGCCAGCCCUCGGUCGAGGGCUACACCAACCUCUCCGAGGUCCGCAUCAAGCCCCGCAACCAGAUGAUCGAGGUCGACGUGCCCCUCUCCUACCACCUCAGCGACUACGACCGCGACAAGGGCUUGCGCUGGGGCACCGCUCUCUCGCGCAGCAUGGCUGCCAAGAACGGCGGCACCCACGGCCUCGCGGGCGGCUUCGGCGUGGGCGCUCCCGCCAUGCGCGGCGGUGCGGCCGCCGCCAAGCGGAGAAACGCCGACGAGGUCGACCUCGACCUGCUCGACACGCGCGACUGGAGCGAGGCGGUGCGGCAGGAUCGCGUGCUCAGAACACAGACCCUGGGCGGAAGCUUCCCCGUCGAAGGCGAGAGCCACUGCCGGUGGAUGGUGGGCAUUUUCCAGGGCAAGCAGCUGCAUCUCACACCGGCAACCGCCCUCAUCAACCUCCGGCCGCAACUGCACCACAUCGACGCGACCACAGAACAGGAGCGCCUAAGCCGCCCACGCGAGGGCGGCGGUCCCGGAGGCCCCUCCGGCGCCGGACCUUCCACAUCCUCCGGCGGCGGCGGUGCUGGCAAGGACAGCGCGACAACCCCGGCGCCGCCCCCGCCUGCCGCCCGCGCCAUCACAAUGACGAUCAAGUCGGCGUCCGGCAACGAGGUCACGACCGAGACCAUGACGGACCGGCUGCGCUUCGCCCAGCAGGAGCCCUGGAGCAAGCUGAAGUACGAGGACGACUCGAGCAACCGCGCCUGGGACAUGUUCAGCCAGAACCUGGUGUACAAGGGUCCUGGGGCCGUCGACUACGACGGCGGCGCUAGUAGUGGAGACGCUGAGGACAAGACAAAGACAAAGAUCAAGACGUCCGCCGCCGACACUGCAAAGGGCCAAAGUAAGGCUGCUGCUGCCACCGGUGCGGACGGCGAGGCCAUGGAUGUCGAUGGUGAUGACGAUGGCAGCAAGAACGCAGAAGGAAAGAACACCGCUGCGGACCCGACCCCUCCGCCACCACCGCAGCUGCGCGGCAAGUGGGCCACGACAGACUUCCUCAAGGCCGUCAGCGGGAUGCAGGAAGGCGACGGCGCCGAGGCGGACAGGACGCACGAGGACAUUGUCGAGAUCAAGAAGGAGGCCGGUGCUGCUGCUGCUAUUGCUUCGUCGUCGUCUGCGACGGCCAAGCCGAAAGCCUCGGCGGUGGCUAGGAAGGCUUCUGCUACUGCUUCAGGGAAGGGCAAGUCAGUCGCCUUUGAGUAG